AUGGCCCACAAAUACAAAAGCUCUGAUGACAAGCCAAGAAAGCGAUGUUUCGUGACGAUCGGGGCCACUGCUCCCUUUGAUGCCCUGCUAUCAAAUGUCCUGGACAAGCCAUUCCUGGAGGCUCUGAGCCAGUGUGGCUAUACAGAACUCCUCAUUCAAUAUGGCAAAGAAGGCCGGAUUAUCUUCGAGAAAUUCGUCCAGGAUCAUCCCCCCGGAAGUGAGGGACGCUAUGGGCUUGAUAUUUACGGAUUCGAUUUCAAUAAGAUGGGACUUUUGCAAGAAAUGAAAUCUACCAAGGCUGAUGAGAAAAUGGGAUACUCAGAGGGCAUGAUUCUUAGCCAUGCUGGCUCGGGGUCUAUCCUCGAAGCGCUCAGAAUCGGAGUGCCUCUAGUGGUAGUACCCAAUCCAGCGCUUCAAGACAACCACCAGGAGGAGCUCGCCAAAGAACUUUCGAAACAGGGCUAUGUGGUUGCUAGCAAAGUAAUGGAUAUUGCCAAUUCAGUUAAGAAGGCUGAAAGCCUUCGUAAUCGUCUUCACAGCUGGCCGCCGGUUAACAGUGGUGAGGGGAAAUACAAGCGUGGCCUGGCUGGAGUUAUGGACGACGAAAUGGGCUUCAUGGACUAA